GUCGCAGAAGUCCUCAUCGAACACAAUGCCGACGUCAAUGCUGAAAAUAGCAACAGAAUGACGCCAUCGGAUCUGGCUAAACUUAAGGGUCAUGUGAACGUCACUACAUUCCUUGAUAAACACAUUGCAAAGAUCUAUGCCAAACAUAAUGGAAACGAAAAUAAUAGAUUGGUGUAUACUAUCGUUGGUGUGGUGAUAUUGAUUGGAGCUUUUACGAUUUUGCCCACAUAUCUAUACGUUCAAAAGAGACGUAAGAGCCAAUUGAUUCGUAAACCAAAUGCAACAGAAUUGGAAUAUUUUGAGCAAGGAAAUGCGGAAGGUAUAAACUCAAACCUAACGUUGGACGAACAGGCCGAUCUUUUGCCCUACGACCGAAAAUAUGAAUUUCCCCGUGAAAAGCUAAAGCUCAGAACUCAGCUUGGCAAUGGUGCUUUUGGUGUUGUUUAUGAAGGAAUUGCACAUGGCAUUUUGGCUUAUGAGGAGAAGACAAAAGUCGCCGUUAAAAUGGUCAAAAGAACGUCAAAUGACGAGAUAAUGCGCGCUCUAGUUUUGGAGCUGAAGAUUAUGGUACAUUUGGGCCAACAUUUGAAUUUAGUCAAUUUACUUGGGGCAGUCACCAAGAAUAUUACAAAAUACAAUAUGAUGCUCAUAGUAGAAUACUGUAGAUACGGUAAUCUGCAGAAUAUUCUCAUUAAAAAACGUUCAUCGUUCAUCGACCAGAUUAAUCGUGACACAGAUACAAUUAAUUCAAACAUAUACGCUAGAAAGCAAAAGUACGUUAGAAGUGAGUUAGAAGAUAGUGACAGUCAUGAGGUGGAUCACCAAUCAGUUUAUAAUUCGUUAUACGCUCGAGAUUUCAAUGACGGCGAUCGCCAAUCGGUUAUCAAUUCAUUAUACGAUCAAGUUUUGAAUAAUAUGGAUCACGGAACAGACGAUGCUUCAGAUGAUGCAGGCACAAGCACAUCCAACAACUCAAUUGAUUCUAAUGUUGUAAUCAACCAGAUUACAACAACCGACUUGCUUUGCUGGUCCUUCCAAAUAACACGUGGAAUGCAUUAUUUGGCAUCUUGUAAAGUGUUGCACGGUGAUUUAGCGGCAAGAAACAUUCUCUUGUGCGACAAUAACGUGAUUAAAAUUUGUGAUUUCGGCUUGGCUCGAUCUUUGUACAAAACUGAUAUUUACCGCAAGAAUAAAGAGGCACUGCUUCCAUUCAAAUGGUUGGCUCUCGAAUCUAUCGAGGAUCACAUAUUUAGUAUUCACACUGACGUCUGGGCCUUCGGAAUUGUUCUAUGGGAAUUGUUUUCGCUUGGAAUGACGCCAUAUCCUGGUUUGGAUUCAGGCCUGGACCUGUACCAAAAAUUAUUGGACGGUUACAGAAUGGAAAAGCCAAAUUAUGCCACUCAAGAUGUAUAUGACAUUAUGUUAUCAUGUUGGCGGGUCAAACCUGAGUCACGUCCGUUGUUCGAUGAGCUUGAAGAAAAUAUUUCUAAACUUCUGGAAACCAGUGUUGCAAAGCAUUAUAUCAAUUUAAACGAACCAUAUUUAAAGGCAAACGUGGAGAAGUACAAUUGUGGAACAACAGAUUAUGCAGCCUUAAUAGGAACACCCAAUUUUCAAGCACCAUCUCCACCAUCCGCAACAUCAAUCCCAAUGGUAGAAUGCAAUAAAUUGUCGAUAAUUACGAGCGAUACUUCCCCUGAUAUACAGGAGUAAAUUGUGUAGAUUAUCUUUAAAUUAAAAAUAGUAGGUAGCAGAUAGUUUACCUAUAAAACAAUAAUUCUUUGAAUAUUAAAAGUACCUACUAUAAAUAUUCAACCGCUUGAAAUAAAGCCGUAUUCGCUGGAUCAAUUUCCUAGUACUUGCCAA